AUGCUUUGUAUUGUAAAAAAGCGAAUUAAAAAGAAAUAUGAAAACCUGAUUGAAACCUGCAAGCUUAAAACAAAUGAGUUUUCAUGUUUUCUUAGAGAUCUGAUAGAGCUUUUUGGUCGUUAUAUAGUAAACUCUACUCAGAAAUCAAAGGGCGACUUCAGGAGAAACCUGGAACGCAUUGUCCUAGUUUCGGAUAUGGUUGAUGAUGAACUGACUAACCUUUUUUCAAGAUGUCAGUCUGUUUUAGGCAACCGCAUUAGAAUGUUGACACCAGCACCUUUAACUACCACAGGUUAUUCUGAAGUCAACUCUUUACUUAUGGAAGCUUCUGCUAAGAAACGUUUGCGUCAGCCGGUUGACGAAGAAUACAUAACAUAUCAUUUGGCUAACUCGACUCGGCUUCUCUGCAUGUUAGAAACAAAUAUUGGACUGCAAGGCGUUGGUGGUUUAUCGGAAAUGUCUAAAUUGCAAGAAAUAUCUGGAGGAAACAACGAAAUGGCGUCGAAUUCUACUGAAGAAUUUUUAAGCAAACUGGAGAAAGAAUGUAAUAAUCUGGCGUCAGAACUAGCUGAUUUAGAAUACUUGGAAAUUAAGCAAAACAAAGCAAUCAAAGAGAAGAUGUAUAUGGAUGAACUUGAAAAGAUUCUUAUCAGACAAAACUUUUGGCUAGAAAUUUUAUCAUGCAUAAUUACCUUGGAGUAUGAUGCCUGUAAACAAGCCUCAGAAUCUUUGGUCAGUCUAUUCCAGUCUAUUCAAACACUUAACGAUCAUACUGAACAGCUUGAAAGUUUAUUGGACAUGUCUUCAUCGAAAGAUGGUUCUAUGGAUCCUGAGAAUGACUCCAAGUUGUUUGCAGAUGCAGUCGUUCAACUAUUACAAUGGUUGCGAAAUCAUUCCAAAUAUGUGGAUGACAAUAAACGGAUCACUCUCUAAAACUGUGGAAUUAAUGUGUGCUGAUCAACUUUACAAUAAUCCCAUCCAGAGAUUUUUAGAAGAAAAUCACUGCUUUCUUAUAAAAUCUGCAGGAAGGUUAACCCUGUCAUUAUUUCGGAAACUACUGACCAAUGGUAUAAACUAAGAGUGAGAUACGAGAGGCCUAAGUAAAUAGACUAAAGCGCAGCAGCAAACUUAUCAGUUUAUUAUUAUUAUUAUUGUCCAAUUAGUUUCCAAGUGCAACACAGGACUUCAAGAGAACAACCCUAUUUCAUUCUGUUCUAUUCAGUUCAUUC